AUGGCUCUCAAAGGUUCCAACGGAGGUUCGACGGAAAACAACCUGCCGGAAUAUGAGAUGCUGGCCAAUGGGAACCCUUCUCGCAAGAGGCCACCCAUUCGAAUCCAAGAGAACCCGUUGUCGGACACAGUCUCCGAAAAGAAGCCGCCCCCGGAGAAAGGGGAGACAGAGAUCCGGCUAAGAAUAGAGGAUCCGGCAACGAGGCCAUGCAGCCGGAAGGGCUACCGGACGACGUUCGAGCUCUUAAUGAGUGUGACUAUCGCAAUCCUUGGACUAACUUGCUGCGCGUUAUUCUACAUGAUCUUCCUCCAAGCUGGGCGCAAUAGUUUGAAUAUUUGCCUCACCCCAGAAUGCGUCAAAACAGCUGCGUCCCUACUAAACGCCAUGGACCAAACUUCAGAUCCAUGCGAAGACUUCUUCCAGUUCGCGUGCGGUACGUGGAACAAACUUCACAUGAUCCCUCAGGACAGGAGUAGUAUCAGCACGUUUGAGGUCAUGGCAGAUGACCUUCAAGUGAUAUUGAAAGGCUUGCUGGAGGAACCAGCAAAUAAUCACGACAACAGCGCCACAAUCAAGGCGAAAACAUUUUACAAAUCUUGCAUAUCUACAGUUCAGAUUGACGCCAUCGGAGACAAGCCGUUGCGCGACGUUGUCCAAGAACUCGGGGGAUGGCCUGUGUCCGACCGUGAAUGGAACGAGCCCGAGUGGCCCCUGGAGCACCUACUAGGACAAUUGCGUGGCGAUUACAAUCAAGGAAUCUUCAUCGAACAGUGGGUCGGCCCGGAUGACAAAAAUUCUUCAGUCAACGUCAUCCAGCUGGACCAGAUGUCUUUCGGCCUUCCAAGCAGGGAGUACUUUCUGAAGGAGAGCAGCGAACGGGAGCGGAAAGCCUACUUGAGGCUUAUGGUGGAGGUCGCUAUCCUGUUCGGUGCCGAGCGAGAAGUUGCCGAGAUCGAUAUGGUCGACGCACUCGAUCUCGAAAUCCAACUUGCCAAUGCAUCCAUUCCAGAAGCAGAUCGGCACGACACUGGCGCCAUCUACAAUAAAAUGUCGCUGCAGGAAUUGUCGGAAAUAGUACCCGAAUUUGAUUGGGUGUACUACCUGAACACAUUCCUUCCGACUAAGGUGGAUGACCAGGAACCUGUGGUUGUAUAUGCACUGCCUUACUUGCAAGAAAUGGGGCAAAUUCUCUCUCAAGCAAAUAGAAGGACGAUCCACAAUUACGCCCUUUGGCGACUCAUCAAACAGAUGCUGCCCUUCCUGGACGGGGAAUACAGUCAAAAAAGAACCGAUUUCAAAAAGGUUCUGCUGGGUAUUUCUGCCGAAAGAGAACGAUGGAACCAAUGUGUAGACCUCGUCAACAAGAAAAUGGGGAUGGCCGUCGGUGCCCUCUUCAUUCGUGACAACUUUGAUCCCAAGAGUAAAGAGACGGCUCAAGAAAUGAUUUUGAACAUCAGGGAAGCUUUCAAUGAACUAUUGGAAGAAAAUGCUUGGAUGGAUCGCGAAACACGAGAAGUGGCGAGAGAUAAGGCCAACGCCAUGAACGAAAGGAUAGGAUAUCCCAACUUACUUACUAACGCAGUCGAAUUGGCAAAAGAAUACGAAGGACUAACUAUUCACGACGAUCUGUUUCUAGUCAACAUCCUGAACGUCCUAGAGUUCGAAGCAACGAAGAACCUAAAAAAACUACGGCAGCCAGUCAAUAAAGACAGAUGGACAACAGAACCAGCAGUCGUAAAUGCCUUUUACAAUCCAAACAAGAAUGAUAUUGUGUUUCCAGCUGGAAUUUUACAGCCCUUAUUUUACAGCCAUUACUUUCCCAAGUCUUUAAACUAUGGUGGCAUAGGUGUUGUCAUUGGACACGAAAUGACGCAUGGCUUUGAUGAUAAAGGUAGGCAGUUUGACAAAGAAGGCAAUCUAAAACAAUGGUGGAAUGAAGCUACUGUCCGUCGUUUCCGAGACAGAGCGCAGUGCAUCAUAGACCAGUAUUCCAGUUAUAUGUUAGAAGACAUUGGGCAAAAUGUAAAUGGGAAGAUGACUCAGGGAGAAAACAUAGCUGAUAAUGGUGGUCUUAAACAAGCAUAUCGGGCAUAUAAGAAGUGGGUGAAACGACACGGAGAAGAACCUUUACUUCCAGGCUUGAAUCUCACACAUGAUCAAUUAUUUUUCCUCAACUAUGCUCAGAUCUGGUGCGGUUCUAUGAGACCAGAAGAUGCUCUUAGCAAAAUCCGGUCUUCAGUUCACAGUCCAGGUCCGAUCAGAGUACUAGGACCUCUUUCUAACUCCUACGACUUUGCCAAGACCUACAACUGCCCACUGGGCAGUAGAAUGAAUCCACAUAAGAAGUGCUCCGUCUGGUGA